AUGCUACCCACCACCAUUAUCGAGCAAUUCUCAUUGGACCUGUUCACCGUGCAACUAGGGCUGGAUGCUCUGCUGUGCAGCAUCACGCCCCUGCUCUUCAGCACCAGUAUCGGCACACAGGCAGUCCUGCUCCUGGGACGGAGCCCCGCUAGGCCCCUGGAGGCCAUCACCUUCCGCUUCCCCCCCGCCAGGCUAGACCCAGAGCCCGAGUGCACAGGCACUCGAGAUCGCGGCUCCGCCCGCCAGGAAGACCCGUGCCAGCAACCGCACGCCCACGAGGGCCUGUCCCGCUGCGCUAUGCGCCAGUUCCUGAUGCAGGUGGCGGGCGCCGAGAGCGGCGUCACGAGCCCCUGCCGGGCUUUCCUCCUCCUGCGGGGCCCGCGGGCGGCCCACGCCCCUGGCUUCCGGCCCAACCAGACCUGGCGGCCGGCGCAGCGGAAGGGCCUGGCCAUCGAUGUCAGCCUGGGCCAGGGGUCGGAGGAUGCAGCAUCUGAAGCGGUCACCAUGGAGCCCGCGACGCUGCCAUGGCUGCAGUGCGCCGCCAGGGUCAAGGGACUGGCCUAG